AAGAGCAAAGCAGAAAACAACCCUAGAAAUCGAUAUCCAGAAACAAGUUGUUCUUCGAUUCGUCUUGGAUUCUUCGUGAUUUCGUCCAUGGAAAAUAAGGAACUCAAAAAAUUGAAUCAUCUCUCUCUCGUCUCCAAUGUCUGUAACGAGCUGGAGACGCAUCUAGGAGAUGCGCCAAAGGAGUUGGCCGAGUUCAUCAUCCAUCUUGGCCGUCACUCUGAGACUGUCGAUGAAUUCGAUAAGAAGCUCAAGGAGAACGGCGCAGAGAUGCCGGAUUACUUCGUCCGCUCGCUGUUAACUGUUAUCCACGGGAUUUACCCUCCGAAGCCCAAGUCCGAGAAGAAGAGAGACGAUGUAGAAGAUGGUGAUAAAGAGAGAUUCAAAGGUUUGGCGAUUAAGGAUACUAAGGAUAGAGUUAAGGAGCUUGAGAAGGAGAUUGAAAGAGAAGCUCGGGAGAGACAGAGAGAGGAGGAUCGAAAUAGGGGUCGAGAUCGGAGAGAAUCCGGUAGGGAUAGGGAUCGAGAUGAUACAAGGGAUCGGCAUAGAGAUAGACCCCGUGGAGAUGAUGGAGGUGGAGAUAGAAGAAGUGAUAGGCAUAGAGAAAGACACCGUGGCGAUGAUGAAGGUGGAGAAAGAAGAAGUGAUAGGCAUAGAGAUAGAGCCCGUGGCGAUGAUGAAGGUGAAGAUGGAAGAAGUGAUAGGCGUAGAGAUAGACGUGCCAAGGAUGAGUACAUGGAGGACGAUAGAGGCGGCGGCGGCGCGAAUGAGCCGGAGCUGUAUCAGGUAUACAAAGGUAAAGUGACUAGGGUAAUGGACAAAGGAUGUUUUGUUCAAUUCGAUAGAUUUAGAGGAAUAGAAGGUUUAGUUCAUGUUUCUCAGUUAGCUACUAGAAGGGUUGACAAGGCGAAAGAUGUGGUGAAGCGGGAUACGGAGGUUUAUGUCAAAGUAAUAUCUAUUUCGAAUGGUCAAUACAGUCUUUCCAUGAGGGAUGUUGAUCAGAAUACGGGAAGAGAUUUGAUCCCUCUGAAGAAGCCUUCAAAUGAUGAUGAUUCAUCCAGGAGUAAUCCAUCAUAUAGAACAAAGGAUGGACAAGUCACCAAGACUGGGAUUUCGGGGAUCCGUAUUGUGGAAGAGAGUGAUGUUGCGCCUUCACGUAGGCCGUUGAAGAAAAUGAGCUCCCCUGAGAGAUGGGAAGCGAAGCAGUUGAUCGCCUCUGGUGCCUUGAGAAUGGAUGAGUUUCCAAAUUACGACGAGGACGGAGAUGGGAUGCUUUAUCAAGAGGAAGGUGCUGAAGAAGAACUUGAAAUUGAGAUGAAUGAAGACGAACCUGCUUUCUUACAGGGCCAAACUAGGUACUCUGUUGACAUGUCUCCAGUUAAGAUCUUCAAAAAUCCAGAAGGGUCCUUAAGUCGUGCCGCUGCACUUCAGUCUGCACUCACCAAGGAGAGGAGAGAAAUGAGGGAACAGCAGCAAAGAACAAUGCUUGACUCAAUCCCCAAGGAUCUGAAUCGUCCUUGGGAAGACCCUAUGCCUGAAACAGGUGAAAGGCAUCUUGCUCAGGAGCUUAGGGGUGUCGGGUUAUCAGCUUAUGACAUGCCUGAAUGGAAGAAGGAUGCUUUCGGGAAAACUCCAACUUUUGGUCAGAGAUCAAAGCUUUCUAUCCAGGAGCAAAGGGAGAGCCUUCCCAUAUACAAGUUGAAAAAGGAGCUGAUACAGGCUGUGCACGAUAACCAAGUUCUGGUGGUCAUUGGUGAGACUGGGUCUGGGAAGACAACACAGGUGACUCAGUAUCUUGCUGAAGCAGGUUACACAACAAAAGGAAAGAUUGGGUGUACUCAACCUCGGAGGGUCGCCGCGAUGUCUGUUGCCAAGAGAGUAGCUGAGGAAUUUGGUUGCCGUUUAGGAGAGGAGGUAGGGUAUGCGAUUCGGUUUGAGGAUUGUACUGGACCAGAUACGGUGAUCAAGUACAUGACUGAUGGUAUGCUUCUUAGGGAGAUUCUGAUAGAUGAAAACCUCUCUCAGUACUCUGUUGUCAUGCUUGAUGAAGCUCACGAGCGGACAAUUCACACUGAUGUGCUGUUUGGUCUUCUGAAGAAGCUGUUGAAACGUAGGACUGACCUUCGUCUGAUAGUCACGUCCGCCACAUUGGAUGCUGAGAAAUUCUCUGGGUAUUUCUUCAACUGCAACAUUUUCACAAUUCCUGGAAGAACCUUCCCUGUUGAAAUACUGUAUACCAAACAGCCAGAAUCAGAUUACUUGGAUGCAGCUCUUAUCACAGUCCUUCAAAUUCACUUGACAGAGCCCGAGGGUGACAUUCUCCUCUUUUUGACGGGACAGGAAGAAAUCGAUUCUGCAUGUCAGUCUUUGUAUGAGAGAAUGAAAGGUCUAGGUAAAAAGGUACCCGAACUCAUCAUACUUCCAGUUUACAGUGCCCUUCCUAGUGAAAUGCAGUCUAGAAUAUUUGAUCCUCCACCUCCUGGUACACGGAAAGUGGUUGUAGCUACAAAUAUUGCAGAAGCUUCUUUGACAAUAGAUGGGAUAUACUACGUUGUUGAUCCUGGGUUUGCAAAGCAGAACGUGUAUAAUCAGCAAGGGCUAGAAUCGCUAGUCAUAACUCCAAUUUCACAGGCAUCGGCAAAGCAAGGGCUGGACGUGCUGUCGUACUGGUCCUGGGCGGAGUUUCCUCUUGAACCCCCGCUGUCAAAAAUGUUGCUAGCGAGUGUGGAUCUCGGGUGCAGCGAUGAGAUUUUAACGAUGAUUGCUAUGAUCCAGACGGGCAACAUAUUCUAUAGACCGAGGGAGAAGCAAGCUCAGGCAGACCAAAAAAGGGCAAAGUUUUUCCAGCCCGAAGGUGACCACUUGACAUUGCUAGCUGUAUAUGAAGCUUGGAAGGACAAAAACUUUUCAGGUCCAUGGUGUUUCGAAAACUUCAUUCAGUCACGAUCGUUACGACGUGCUCAAGAUGUGAGGAAGCAGCUUCUCAGCAUUAUGGACAAGUAUAAACUAGACGUGGUAAGCGCGGGAAAGAAUUUCACAAAGAUAAGGAAAGCAAUCACAGCAGGAUUCUUCUUCCAUGGAGCAAGAAAAGAUCCUCAGGAAGGUUACAGGACGCUAGUGGAGAAUCAACCGGUUUACAUACACCCGAGCAGCGCUCUGUUCCAGAGACAGCCAGAUUGGGUGAUAUAUCAUGAUCUUGUGAUGACGACCAAAGAGUACAUGAGAGAAGUGACUGUGAUAGACCCAAAGUGGCUUGUUGAGUUAGCUCCAAGGUUCUUCAAAGUCGCUGAUCCAACCAAAAUGAGCAAGCGUAAGCGCCAAGAACGUAUUGAGCCUUUGUAUGAUCGUUAUCACGAGCCUAACUCUUGGCGUCUCAGCAAAAGACGUGCUUGAGAGAGACUUCAUUUUUUUUUUUUCUUCCUUUCGUGUAUCACGCAAAUCUUCAAAUGUUACUCUUUUUGUACCUUUCAAAUUGUAUUCAAAUCUAUAAACUAACAGAAUGAUGGAUAUGUCAUAGAUUGCAGCUUCAUCA